AUGCUCGCUAUUCUCUACACCGUCCUCCUCGGCCUCGCGAUCGCGACCCCGGUGCCUGUCUGUGAGGCGAAGCGCGACGUCGAGGGAUACUACGAGAGCCACAAGCGCGACUACGACGCUUACAAGGGUGGCGGUGGCGGUCACAAGGGUGACGGCCACGGCCACGGCGACAAGGGUGACUGCCACGACUACGACCACGGCCACAAGCCCUGCAUCGGCGGCCCGUGUGGCCCCGGUGGUCCGGAGCGUAACGACCUCGUCUUCAUCCACCCCAACGGCAACAAGGGCAAGUGUGUCGACAUUGCCGGCGGCAAGCUCGAGCCCGGCACCCAGGUCCGGAUCUGGGACUGCAACGCGACUCCGGCGCAGCGUUUCCGCCUGUCGCGCGGUAAUGGCCAGAUCAUGGUCGGCGACACUGCCCUCUGCCUCGAGGCUAUUGAGGAGAAGAAUGGCGGACAGGUUACGAUUGGCCGUUGCAACCGCAGCCUCCGCCAGGAAUGGUGGUACACCGACGAUAACCGUAUCGCCAUGACGGGUCGCGGGCUUUGCCUUGACCUCCCCAACGGCCAGACUUGGAACGGUAACCCGCUCCAGGUUUGGGGUUGCGGCGCCGGAAACACUAACCAGGUCUGGACGACCUCGCCCGUCGGCGUGCCUUUCUGA